AGAGAAGCUGCCGUUUGCUUGCCAGGGCACAGCACCUUUGGGCAGAACAUAAAGCCCCUGCGGCAGCUCACCCGGGCUAGGACCACCAGCGCCCAGCUGCCCUGCAGCCGGCCGGAUUCGCCAAGGCUGGGGUCAUGGCCAGGGCGGCUUUGGACCCUGCUCUCAGGACCACAUCCCUGUUCUCCUGACCGCCCUGUAUCCUCCGCAUCGCUGCUGGGGUUCACUCCAGUCGCUCCCAGGUCUACCGGUCUCUGUCCUAGAGAGCAGCUUGGGGCCACCGGCUUGGAUGGACGCGCUGAGGCUGCCCCGGCGUCCAGGGGUCCUGCUUCCGAAGUUGAUCCUGCUCUUUGUUUAUGCAGGGGAUUGCCUGGCGCAGUGUGGCAAAGAGUGCCACUCUUACUGCUGCGACGGUAGCACGCCCUACUGCUGCUCCUACUACGCCUAUAUUGGGAACAUUCUCUCGGGCACGGCGAUUGCUGGCAUCGUGUUUGGAAUCGUGUUCAUCAUGGGGGUCAUUGCAGGAAUCGCCAUCUGCAUCUGCAUGUGCAUGAAGAACAACCGGGGGACCCGCGUGGGGGUCAUCAGAGCAGCACACAUCAACGCCAUCUCCUAUCCCAUGGCACCACCCCCCUAUACUUAUGACCACGAGAUGGAAUAUCGCACAGACCUGCCACCUCCAUACUCUGCAGCCCCACAGGCUUCGGCCCAGCGCUCUCCACCCCCUCCGUAUCCUGGAAAUCCAAGGAAAUAUUCCUCCUCCCAGAACAGAAUACGUGACAAUUAGCAAUUUUACCCAGAACAAAAUGCCUCAACUUAGAAACAUGCACAAAAAUGAUUGUCUACUGGCUAGGGUCCGAUAAUAUCUCAGGCAGAAUGUACACGUGGAGCAGGCUCUUUCCCUGCUCAGAGCUAGGUGGAGAAUUAUGCUUGGUUUUCUGAAGUCAUGGAUUAAGUGAUCUGCGGAUCCACCCAGGCACAGUCAGAUCAAAGCGUUGCAAUUGGCAGGCUCCUGAUAACCAUGCUGCUUUAGGACGAGAUGAAGACAAAGUCAAUAUUGAACCCGGAAUAAAGACGAACAGAGCGUAGUCCGAUCUACAUCAGGGAAGAGCUACAUUCCAUACAGCCUUAGGAGAACUAGAACAGAUCGUUAUUUCAUUUAUCCACAAAUAUGUAUCAAGUGCCUUAGAGCCCACUCUGUGCCUCGCAACAUGAGGGGCCCUGGAUAGAAGUAACCAGGGGGAACUUUGGUUCUGGCACAGGCAUACCUCAUCCUGUUGCACUUUGACCUUUUGCACUUUGCAGGUGAUGCAUUUUUUACAAGUUGAAGGUUUGUGGUAACCCUGCACCAAACAGUGUCAUUUACCCACCACUAGGAGUGUACUUUUCCUAUCCUUGUAUCACAUGUUGGUCAUCCUCAACAGUAUUCCAAACAUUCUCAUCAUUGCUAUUAUUAUGUCUGUUAUGGUGAUCUGUGUUCAGCAAUAGUGGUGUUGUUACAGUAGCCUUUUGGGGGGGGGGGUGUCAUGAACUCUGCACAUAUAGAACAGUGAGAUUAAUAGACUGGUAAAUAUUAUGUGUGCCAUAUCUGCUCCACUAGAAAGCUCCCUCCCUCCCUCCCUCCCUCCCUCCCUCCCUCCCUCCCUCCUUCCCUCCCUCCCUCUCUCUUUCCCUCCUUCUCUCUCUCUCUCUCCCUCCCUCCCUCCCUUUCUCUCUCUCCCUCCCUCCCUCCCUCCCUCUCUCUCCCUCCCUCCCUCUCUCCCUCCCUCCCUCCCUUCCUCCCCGCCCCCAACUCAGGGAACAGUAUUGAAAUUAAGCCAAUUAAUAAGUCAACAAUGACCUCUAAGUGUUCAAGCUACAAGAAUCAUAUAGUUCUUGCUUUUCUUGCUUUAACCCAAAACUGGAAAUACUUCAUCUUGGUGACAAAAGCAUGUUCAAAUCCAGGAGAGGCUGAAAGGCCAGCAUCUAUGCCAGCUCGUUAGUUAAGCCAUAAACACAGAUGCGGCUUUCCCAAAGGAAGCUAAAACUGUCUCUCUCCAAACACACAAAUGAUAGAAAAGAAAGAAAACAGCGACCUCAUCGUUUAUAAGAACUCUUCAGUGGUGUGUGCAGCCAUCAAAACAGCCACAUUCCCUCAAGUCAUAAAGCUUGAUUCAGAGCUAAGACCUAACUCUUCAUUCUACAAAGGUUGGCAGAGGCAAAGAGGAAUCAUAGCUUGCAUGCUAUAAGAGAAAGAUUGUGAGGAGCAGAGAUCAGGUCCUGAAGUGAAGGAAAGGAGCUGACCCCUGUAGUAUCAAAGGGGAAAGCGAAGCCUCAGGCACUGCAAUGGAAGUUGCUGCCUGUUCUCCCAAAGACCUCAAUAGGAUCACACAUAAGAUGGCUGCCUGGUGCAAAUGAAAGACCCUCCUGUGGAAAGACUUGUCUUCUAGAACUUCCCCAACCAGAGAAAAGAAGCUAUCUUAACCCCACACCUCAAAAGACAGCCUGGGUUUCUUGUUAGUGUCUAUUCCACAACUUUCACAUGAAGCCAAUGUUCAAUGUUCAUUUUCUAGUCAAAACUCCUAGUCCUCUUAAGCAUAUGCAAAGUUUGCUCUGCCCAUAGUCUAUAAAUAGAACAACCAGGUCUAUUUUUGAUGUCACUUAAUGAAUGUUUUAAACCAAGUGUUGAGACUGCUCAGGGAAAAAACAAGGUUUCUUUCAAAACCUUACUGCUCCUUGACAAUGCACUGUUCAUCUGUUCAUCUAAGAGCUCUGAUGGAGAUGGACAAAGAAAUAAACCAUGUUUCUCAUAUUUAUGAGUGAUUCCAGUCCCACUCUGUGUCCCUUAGACUAUGAUUAAACUCAACUUCUAUGUCUCAUUAUUUAAUAACCACCUUUUUAAAGGUCAUAACGGACACAGAAAUGGGAACUUCUGGGGGCUUGGCAAAGUCCUGGAAAGAACCCACAUCUGUAGAUCCAUGACUCACAAGAAGAAGUCAAGAGGUCAGUAUUAAUAAACAUUUGGAGGAAGUAGAUUUUUGCCCUCAUACACAAUGCUGCCUUUGUUAGGGCUUUGGUGGGGGAAGUACCUACAGAUAUGGUAAACCCACAAAGGUGCUGAAGGUGCAGUUCAGUUACUAUGUCUUAUGAUAUCACUAUGAGAGGAACAAUUGCUUCUUUUUUUUUUUUUUUUUUUAACAAUUGCUUCUUAUGGUAAGCAAUGAAAGGAGGUUUUGGUUCUUCUGGUGAAACAUGCUCCUGGUGAAAGGUGCUGUGGGCAAAGAUGAGGUGACAGCAGAGGGUUUAGAGUAUUUAUAAGUGACUUGAGAAGUCAGCAACCAGAUUGGAGAAAAUUACAAUUUUCAAGGAAGAAACACUGUGCAUUAAAAGCCACCAAACAGCAUCACAUGCCACCGGAAACUCUUUCAUGAAGAGAAGUUUCAUGAAACCCAUCUAUCAGACUUCAGUGUCAUAUUAUUUGAAGGAACUCACAGUCUUCCAAAAUGAGCAACCACCAACCUAAUCGCCAGUAACUCUCACCCCACUGCUACCAAUAAGAUUUAGACCUGCUGAAAGCUCGAGUGCUAGUUGCCAUUUUUUAGCACAAAAUAUUUUAAUGAGGGUAUACACAUUGCUUUGAAGACACUUAACAAACUAUAGUAUAGUAUAAACUUGAAUGUGCUCUGGAAAGCUAAAAAGUAUUUGUGUGAUUCUCUUGUGAGACUUGCUUUACAAGAGAGACAAGCAACUUCAUAGAUGACAUCGAAGUGUUACUGGUACGGGUAUAUCAAACACAUGCCAUCUCUAAAGUAUGUAAAACAAAACAAAGCAAGCCAACAACGAAAAGCAGUUGCAGCUUUCCUGUUGACUAGCUAACUUUGUGAAGCCCGUCCAUCAAGAUUCCAUACAAAAGGUGUUGGUGUGGUAAAGAAAUAUGCUAGAAAGAAUGUCUAAAAUGAAUAACGGAUCAAACUUUCUGCUUUUGUCUUAGGUAGGUGUGUCCAGCUGUGUCUGCAGCAAUGAAUGCAGCCAAUCAAUCUUAUCCAUUAUCUUUGACAAUUUAAACAAGAUCAAAGGUACCCAAAGGGUUCUGGGAGCUAAGAUCUCCAUAGUCAUUACUAACCCCUCCUAAAAACCCACAUGGUGUUAGUCACUGGUAUAUGAGGGUUGCUCCAACUGUAGAAUGAAUGGUGAGAAACCAAAAAUUCUCAGGGUUUUAUAUCAGUAAUAAAAUGUGUCAUUUGACUGUAGAUGAAAGACCUUUUUAAAGGGGAAAAUAAAUGCUCAAAUAUAGUAGCCAUUUCUUCCAUUUUAUUAACUUUUAUCUUUUAGACAAGUUAUAUAAUUAAUGGGAAAGGCAAGAAGGCACAGGGUUGCCUUUUGCCUGAAUACUAGUUUUUGUGAAGUACUUCCUUUAAAUGUAAAAGCAAUUAAUGAAAUCUUCCAAUAUGUCAUGUUCUACAAUAAGUGGCCCUAGCAUUCAUAUUUUUACGUGGGUCUUUUUGUGUACUUUUAACUGUUUGUCGAAAACUAGAGAUAGAUGAUCAGACCUUAAUGCCACUUUAAAAGAAAACCUAAAACACUCAAUCCAGUAUCAUGAUUAUAAUUCAGUGACAUUCCAAAAUGACACUAAGACACUCCAUAAAUAACCAAAAGAAAUAUCUUACAAUAUAAGUUAUGGAAUAUGAGCUUGUAGUUGAGGAAGUUAAUAUGAACAAAUAGUGCCUUUUAUUGUAUCAGAUAUCUACAGUUGAAAUGUGUAGGUCUGACUGAACAUGGUCUCCUGAAGGUAUUAAGGCUAGAUUUGUUUUGAGUGACUUGCUUGGCUUUGGAAAGAAUAAUCUUAGCUUCGAAGAUGUGAAGCCUUCAGGGGUCCUGUUUGUUCCAGAAAGAGACUUCCUGCCUGGCAUGAAAUAUUAGCAUAGUGUUCACAGUACAUGAGCUUUGAUUUAUUUUUCUUCCACCAAUGUGAUUAGUUUCCACUACUCUCAAGCAAGAGUCCGCAAUGCCAAAGUCAUGGUGGUCUGAGAAUGUUGUCGGUCGGCAAAUCCACUACACAUUUCUAAAGAAAAAUAGAGAGGCAUGACCAUAAAAAUUAAAUGCUCUUCUUGGCAAUAAUGUAUAUUUACCACGUGCCUCUGACAUUCUAUAAAUAUUGCCUGCACCGGAACCAUUUCUGUCCAUACUAUCUCUCCUUGAGUUUUUUAUGGCUCACCCUGAGGCAUAGCAUGAAUCUAUAUAAUCACCAUAGAUGAAGGAUUUUACUGUUUUUAUUAGUAUCAUAAUAACAGAAAUAAACAUAUCAUAGAUGUCUAAAAAGUUCACUGUUUAUUUUUAGGAGUAAUGUAUAUCAGAGGCAAACAAUAUUUGAUGUAAAAAUUUGAUUGUGGUUAUUUAAGAACUAACCUUUGUUAUGGCUAAUUUGUUUAUAAGGAACAAUAAACUGAAAGAACUUAUAACAAGAAUGGGAGUUUUGGGGUUUUUUGUUUGUUUGUUUUUGCUUUUUGGUUUUGGUUUUGGUUUUGGUUUUGAGACAAGGUUUUUCUGUGUAGCCUUGGCUGUGUGGAAUCUCCCUUUAUAGACCAAGCUAGUCUCAAACUCACAGAUAUCCUCCUGUCUCUGCCUCUCCUCUGCCUCUGCCUCCUCCACCUCCGCCUCCUCCGCCUCUGCCUCCACCUCUGCCUCUGGAAAGCUGUGCCCCACUGCCAGAGUAACAAGAACCAUGUUUUAAUUAUUAUGUCAUUAAUCCUCCCUGCUAUUCCUCCUGAAUAAGCCUUUUGUUUUACUUUGCACAUGGAAAUAGUUCUGUCACCAUACUGACUUUUUAAUCCUGUCUCUCACCUAAGUGAUUUGAAGACGGAUACUUUUCCUCUGAUAGCUAAAUUUCCAUUCUAUGAUACAUGAAUGAUAGAGUGGGCCUCAGGGGUUUUCUGAAAACUGGCUAAAUGUGCACAAUUUAUUUUUAGUCUGGAACCCAAGACUUGGAAACUAUCCUAUCCAAAUGAACCCAAAUUAAAUUUUCAAAACUCGUCAUAAAAUAACAACAUCUAGACUUGUGCAUAUAAAGUUAAAUUAAUUGGAACUAAAUUAAGUUAAAAAAAAAGAAAAGAAAAGAAAAGGAGAGGAGAGGAGAGGAGAAGGGAGGAGAGGAGAGGAGAGGAGAGGAGAGGAGAGGAGAGGAGAGGAGAGGAGAGGAGAGGAGAGAAGAGAAGAGAAGAGAAGAGAAGAGAAGAGAAGAGAAGAGAAGAGAAGAGAAGAGAAGAGAAGAGAAGAGAAGAGAAGAGAAGAGAAAAGUGCUGCAAACCGUCUAGGCCCCUUUGUCUGCGUGGAAAUUCCAACAACGAAAAGCAGUUGCAGCUUUCCUGUUGACUAGCUAACUUUGUGAAGCCCGUCCAUCAAGAUUCCAUACAAAAGGUGUUGGUGUGGUAAAGAAAUAUGCUAGAAAGAAUGUCUAAAAUGAAUAACGGAUCAAACUUUCUGCUUUUGUCUUAGGUAGGUGUGUCCAGCUGUGUCUGCAGCAAUGAAUGCAGCCAAUCAAUCUUAUCCAUUAUCUUUGACAAUUUAAACAAGAUCAAAGGUACCCAAAGGGUUCUGGGAGCUAAGAUCUCCAUAGUCAUUACUAACCCCUCCUAAAAACCCACAUGGUGUUAGUCACUGGUAUAUGAGGGUUGCUCCAACUGUAGAAUGAAUGGUGAGAAACCAAAAAUUCUCAGGGUUUUAUAUCAGUAAUAAAAUGUGUCAUUUGACUGUAGAUGAAAGACCUUUUUAAAGGGGAAAAUAAAUGCUCAAAUAUAGUAGCCAUUUCUUCCAUUUUAUUAACUUUUAUCUUUUAGACAAGUUAUAUAAUUAAUGGGAAAGGCAAGAAGGCACAGGGUUGCCUUUUGCCUGAAUACUAGUUUUUGUGAAGUACUUCCUUUAAAUGUAAAAGCAAUUAAUGAAAUCUUCCAAUAUGUCAUGUUCUACAAUAAGUGGCCCUAGCAUUCAUAUUUUUACGUGGGUCUUUUUGUGUACUUUUAACUGUUUGUCGAAAACUAGAGAUAGAUGAUCAGACCUUAAUGCCACUUUAAAAGAAAACCUAAAACACUCAAUCCAGUAUCAUGAUUAUAAUUCAGUGACAUUCCAAAAUGACACUAAGACACUCCAUAAAUAACCAAAAGAAAUAUCUUACAAUAUAAGUUAUGGAAUAUGAGCUUGUAGUUGAGGAAGUUAAUAUGAACAAAUAGUGCCUUUUAUUGUAUCAGAUAUCUACAGUUGAAAUGUGUAGGUCUGACUGAACAUGGUCUCCUGAAGGUAUUAAGGCUAGAUUUGUUUUGAGUGACUUGCUUGGCUUUGGAAAGAAUAAUCUUAGCUUCGAAGAUGUGAAGCCUUCAGGGGUCCUGUUUGUUCCAGAAAGAGACUUCCUGCCUGGCAUGAAAUAUUAGCAUAGUGUUCACAGUACAUGAGCUUUGAUUUAUUUUUCUUCCACCAAUGUGAUUAGUUUCCACUACUCUCAAGCAAGAGUCCGCAAUGCCAAAGUCAUGGUGGUCUGAGAAUGUUGUCGGUCGGCAAAUCCACUACACAUUUCUAAAGAAAAAUAGAGAGGCAUGACCAUAAAAAUUAAAUGCUCUUCUUGGCAAUAAUGUAUAUUUACCACGUGCCUCUGACAUUCUAUAAAUAUUGCCUGCACCGGAACCAUUUCUGUCCAUACUAUCUCUCCUUGAGUUUUUUAUGGCUCACCCUGAGGCAUAGCAUGAAUCUAUAUAAUCACCAUAGAUGAAGGAUUUUACUGUUUUUAUUAGUAUCAUAAUAACAGAAAUAAACAUAUCAUAGAUGUCUAAAAAGUUCACUGUUUAUUUUUAGGAGUAAUGUAUAUCAGAGGCAAACAAUAUUUGAUGUAAAAAUUUGAUUGUGGUUAUUUAAGAACUAACCUUUGUUAUGGCUAAUUUGUUUAUAAGGAACAAUAAACUGAAAGAACUUAUAACAAGAA